CCAGACCCCAUGAGGUCAUGGUAAGUGACCGAGCCUCCGAAUUAAAAACCGAAAAGAAUUUUUAAGCUGAGACUGCUGUUAGAAAUCAAUUCGAGAGCAAUCUAUUGUGACUGACAAAUCGGUUUUGCAACAUGUGUAUCUUCUACCCUGUGUCUGGCAACUAUAAAGCGCUCGGUCCCCAAUAGCUUCAAACUCCUGUUCAAGUACAAUUCUCAAGUGAUUCGUUUUCUGUUAUCGCUAAAAAUGUCCUCGACAAACUUUCAGAGCUCUCUGCACAUCACCCACAUCACCACCGCUACGGCAAUCCUAGAGAUUGACGGUGUCAACCUGCUUACCGACCCUGUCUUCUCCCCAGGAGGCACGAAGUUCGAUGUCACUCAUUUACUUCCCGAGAAUGCGCCGCAAUCAUUCCUUACCCUCGAUGAUGACCCCGCCCUAAGACUGGACCAGCUUCCACCCAUCGACGGUAUCCUCCUGAGUCACGAAGACCACGACGACAAUCUCGACAUAGAAGGACGCCGUCUGCUCGAUGGUCGAUACGUGAUUACCACCAUGGAUGGUGUAAAGAAUAUAGCACCACGACCGGGUGUUGCUGGCAUCAAGCCAUGGGAAACUCAGGUAUACCACUUCCGCGGCAUCGAGUUUCAAAUAACCGGAACGCCCUGUGUGCAUAUACCGGGCGGCGAGUCGACUGGCUUCAUACUCCAUUCUCCACGUUUCGGGCAUAGCCCUGAUGGCCGACCAAAUGCCAUUUGGUUCUCCGGAGACACUAUUUAUAUCGACGAGCUUGUCAAGAUGCGCGACUCUUUCCACAUCGCUGCUGCUGUCGUGAAUCUUGGUGCGGCCCAUGUAGCUUUGCCAGGCCAGGAGCCAAUACAGAUCACCAUGGGCGGAGAAGACGCUGCAAGACUAGUGCGAGAAAUCGGGAUUGAACGUCUUGUUCCCAUGCAUUUCGAGUCCUGGCAUCAUUUCACCCAAUUCGGCAAAGAUCUCAAGCAGAUUCUUGAGAAGGAGGGGAUCAUGGAUAAAGUCUGCUGGCUGGAGCCUGGUCAGAAAAAGAAGAUCAUCUGAGCUUGUAUUGUAUUUGUAUCUAAAUAGAUCUCUUGUUAGUAAAAAUCUUGAUUCAACACGGAAUAAAUUCGUAGCGAUAGUUGGUGCUAUUGUUGCCCGAGGCUGUAGCACUAAGCCGUUUUGGUACAUGACAUCGUUAAAAUCCCC